AUGAGCUUCAGUGUGUUCGCGAAAAUUGUUGGCGAAAAGGGCGAUCAAGAGAUUAAGAUUCCAAUUGCGUGCUCGGUGCAGCGAAUGCUGAAUUUGACGUCGGAAGCGUUCGACAUUCCGCUCGAAUCGUUCAAAAUUCUACACAAUGGUCGACCCAUCAAAUCUGAUGGUGUUGCUUUGGCCGACGAAGGCGUCAAACCCGACGCGAAACUGCAGAUUCUAGUGUCGGAGAAGGUUUCAUAUGAUUCUUUGAACGCUUUCGAGCAAUUUGUGUGGAAUUCGACGACGGGCGACACGAAAAAAAAGCAGUUCGCCGUGUUGAGACUUCGAAAGAUUAUGGACAAAUUUGUGAAUCGGUGCUCGCUCGACGAUCUACAACGAAUUCUCACCGAUGGACGUGAGACGUCAUCGUCGUCGUCGUCGUCGAAGAAGCUCACCGAGGUGCGAAUUGCGGAGAUUUUGGAUCAACGUGUGCUCGCUGUCAACUGA